GGCAAAAUGCAGAAUGUUCUUCUUGUGGUGCAAUGAUAUAACCUUGUGUUUGCAGAUGGAGAAGAUAGCUAUUAACCAUACCAUCGACUCAGAGUCGGAGACAAGCUUAUUCUCAAAAUAGCAAAAACACUGUUCUAUUAAAAAAUGGCUCAAGGAUUGGAUCUGACCUGGAUGGUGAUCUCUUUUCUUCUUCUGAUUCAUCUGUCAAGUCAAAAAGAAACUAGUUUCAUCUUCAACGGUUUUCGCCAGGGAGAUCUUCACGUUGCUGGGGUUGCUCAGAUCCUUCCCGGUGGACUACUGCAGCUGACCAACACCUCAGAGCAGAAGAUGGGUCAAGCUUUCUUCAAGCAGCCCUUGGAGUUCAACUCAUCUGAAUCUCUCUCCUUCUCAACUCAUUUCGCCUGUGCAAUGGUGCGUAAACCGGGAGUAACCGGAGGAAACGGGAUCGCUUUCUUCCUAUCUCCCACCAUGAACCUUUCGGAGGCAGAUGCAACUCAGUACUUGGGACUUUUCAACACCACGACCAAUAUGUCUCCUUCAUCUCGUAUCUUCGCUGUUGAGCUUGAUACUGUCCAAAGCGCGGAGUUUGAUGACAUCAAUAACAACCAUGUUGGUGUCAACGUGAACAGCCUGACCUCAACCGUAUCUGCUCCAGCUGCUUACUUUUCAGACAAAGAAGGUCGGAGUAAAAGCAUUAAUCUCUUGAGUGGAGAUUCCAUCCAGGUCUGGGUGGACUACGAUGGAACCAUACUAAACGUUUCACUCGCCCCUCUCCGAGUUCAGAAGCCGAGUCAGAGUCUUAUCUCAACAUCCCUCGAUCUCUCAGCACUUCUCCAAGGCAGAAUGUUUGUCGGACUAUCUGCAGCAACAGGGCAGUUAGCAAACAACCAUUACAUACUCGGUUGGAGUUUCAGCAGAAGCAAACAGUCACUACAAAGCCUAGACAUCUCCAAACUUCCCAAAGUUCCUCACCCCAAGAAAAAACUCUCCCCGGUGCUGAUCCUUCUCUUGAUUGUACUCAUAAUAAUAGUCUUGUUACUCCUCGGAGGAGCUUACCUCUACAGGAGAAACAAGUACGCAGAAGUAAGAGAGGAAUGGGAGAAAGAGUACGGUCCACACCGUUACUCUUACAAAACCAUCUACAAAGCAACAAAAGGGUUCCACAAAGAUGGGUUUCUCGGCAAAGGAGGGUUCGGAGAAGUCUACAAAGGAACUCUCCCUCGCGAAGGAGACAUAGCAGUGAAGAGAUUCUCACACGACGGGCAACGAGGGAUGAAGCAGUUCGUGGCAGAGAUAGCAAGCAUGGGGAGAUUAGACCACAGAAACUUAGUCCCGCUCCUAGGCUACUGCAGAAGAAAACGCGAGUUCUUCCUCAUCUCCAAGUACAUGCCCAACGGAAGCCUAGACCAGUUCUUGUUCCGAGGAGGAGAAGAAUCACCAUCUCUCCCUUGGACCAAACGUUAUUGGAUUGUAAAAGGAAUAGCGUCAGCGCUCUGUUACUUACACAGAGAAGCCGCACAAGUUGUUCUCCACAGAGACAUCAAAGCUUCGAACGUGAUGCUCGACUCAGAGUUCAACGGGAAGCUGGGAGACUUCGGUAUGGCUAGGUACCACGACCACGGAGCUAACCCGACCAUGACGGGAGCUGUGGGAACCGUGGGAUACAUGGCUCCGGAGCUGACCUCGAUGGGAGCUUCGACAAGAACCGACGUGUACGCGUUCGGAGCGUUCUUGCUCGAAGUAGCUUGCGGGAGGAGACCCGUGGAGCCUACCGCGGCGGCGGAGAGGCAGUUUCUUGUGAAGUGGGUUUGUGAGUGCUGGAGGAAGAAGGAUAUGCUCAAGGCUCGUGAUCCUAGACUGAGCGGCGAGUCUUAUUCGUCUCGGUCUGUGGAGUUGGUGAUGAAAGUGGGGUUGCUGUGCACGAAUCUUGUACCGGAAGCGAGGCCGGAGAUGGAGAGAGUUGUGCAGUAUCUUGAAGAGCUGGUUCCGUUGCCGGACUUUGAACCGGAGACGCCGGGGAUUGGGGUGCUUAGUUCGGUUAUGGUGGGAGGAAGCUCGUCGGUGGUGGUGUCUAACGGUUCGUGUCCGGCGACGACUGAGUCUAUGUUUAUUACUCACUCGAUUCAGUACGGAGAAGGACGAUGAAAGCACUCUUAAGCUCAAACGUUUGUGUUCUUGUCAUUUUAUUUUAUUUUUGUUUUGAUUUUAAAGUUUGCAAAUAAUAUUUAUUGUUAAAAAAUGUUUUAGAGAAUGUAUAACAAAUUAAUUUAUGAAUUAGCCUCAGGCAAUUUAUGAUUU